AUGCCCGUCCGUUCACUGCUUUCUCGGCGACAUUUAUUUGCACUACGGUUCCAUGUUCGAAAUGUGGCGCAUCGGCAGCUCGCAACAGUAGCAGGCAAUGACCCAUCUAAGUUGCGUAACAUGGCACUGGUAGCUCAUAUUGAUUCCGGAAAGACCACUUUGACGGAGUCUAUACUCUUGAAGUCAUCCUAUUUAUCCUCCGCUGGAACAGUUGACACCGGAAGCACGACUACGGAUUUCAUGCCAGCAGAACGCGAAAGAGGCAUUACGAUUCAGUCUGCCAGCAUUCCCGUGAAGUGGAGAGAUUGGACGUUCAAUUUGAUUGAUACCCCUGGCCACGCGGAUUUUGGCAUGGAAGUCGAAAGUGCUAGUCGUGUCGUCGAUGGUGCCGUCGUGCUAUUGGAUUCAGUUGAAGGCGUUGAGGCUCAGACAAGGGGUGUUUGGAAGCAAUUGGAUAGGUACGGCGUACGUUCGAGGCUGAUGUUUCUGAAUAAGCUUGAUCGUGCAGGAGCAUCAUUCUCGAAUUCAGUGAGGUCUAUACUCGCAAAUCGUCUACAUCCCAAGCCCAUGGUGUUGAGCUUGCCAGUGGCUUCAUUCAACCCGGAAGACUAUUCUCGAGCCGAACCCGGCGUGCAAGGUCUUGUUGAUCUCGUCAAGUGGGAGGUAUGGACAUGGGACGAGAAUGGGGAGUCAACGCGGCAUCCUCUUCCGCAAAAUCUUGAUGAACUAGACCGCACAAGCAUUCUCUCCCCAUCGCACCCGCUUGUUCCUCACUUGCUGCCUGCUCGAACCGCUUUGUUGGAGAAUUUGUCGAUGUUCUCGGAAGAUUUGAUGGAAACUCUGCUGGGGCUGCCAUCUAUCCCGUCAGCCUACCUCAACGUAGGUGCAUCAACAAUCCUCCCUCAUCUACGUAACGCUACGAUCCGUAACGAAAUUCUUCCCAUCCUAUGUGGUUCUGCGUUCAAGCACAUCGGCACAGAGCUCGUGAUGGACUACGUUGGGGAAUUGUUUCCCAGCCCCGCAGACAUUGUUGACACCGUUCCGACCGCAAAAGCGCCAUUACGGAUGCUGGCAUGGAAAGUCAGCUGGGACAAGCGUAGAGGCUGGAUGACCUUCGUUCGAGUCUAUUCAGGGACAUUAACACGCCAGAGUUCCAUCCUGAACGCCACGCGGAACCAAAAAGAGAAGGUAUCCAAGUUGCUGCUCUUGUAUGCCUCCCAAGCGGAGGAGGUUGAAUCAUUAUCGUUUGGGGAUGUGGGUGUGAUACUCGGACUUAGAUACACUCGGACAGGCGAUACCCUCGUCUCGACGCAACAACCCUCUGGGACGUCGUCGCUGCGAGACAUUAUACCGCCGCCUGCUGUCAUGUCAGCAUCUGUAAUACCUCAGUCGCAUUCGGAUCUGGGGCCUCUUCAAAAUGCGCUGGAAUCGCUUGCGCGCACAGAUCCGUCCGUACGUGUUGAAACGCAAGAGGGGCAAAUUCUGGUCCAUGGUCUGGGCUCUCUUCAUCUUGAAAUCGUUGAGAGCCGCCUCAGAGACGAGUGGAAUGCACAAUUCGAGACUGGCAAGCGUCGUGUGAGCUAUCGCGAGGCGCUUGGCUCCGGCCACGCAACUCCUUUGGACAACACAUGGACUACCGAAAUCGCAGGAAAGUCGAUCCCGGUGACCAUCGACUUCGCUGUGAAGCCUCUUGAAGAUUACGAACAGGGCGACCCACUCUGGGACGGAAACAAGGUCAUCGAUGCGAAUGGCAAGCCCUUGCUUUCGCUUGAGGCUUACGCUGAUCAAAAGGACCCUGCCGCAAACAUAGCCAGCGGAAUCUCCAACGCUUUGUCAAACUCGCCACAUACGUCUCUAGCAUUGUCACAUCUCCAUAUUCAGGUGAAGAGUUACCGCUACCCUCAGGAAGCUGCUCCAUCCUCUGUCCUUGCGGGAGCUGCUGCAUCCCUGCUGAGAGAAUGCAUUCGAAAUGCGGGGAUGGGACCGCUGAUGGAGCCGUAUAUUCGCCUGAAGAUCACCAUCAACGAAGAGUCCGUCGGCAAAGUGGCGAAGGAUCUCACCGAGCACGGCGGCGAGGUGCUCGACUUGGCGACAGGUUCGGGCAGCGCGAUAGAUGCAGAGGAGGAGAUGGAGCCCUACUCUGAAGACGGUGUCUACGUCCCACCGAAAGAGCUUUCUCCAUCCUCUGCGAACACACCAGAAAAUGACUCUUCGUCCGCACAGUACAAACGUUCGAUCUUCGCUUUGGCACCCCUAAGUCGGAUGCUAGACUAUUCCGAUCGGCUACGCGCGUUGUCAGGAGGCAAUGGAACGUUCGAGAUGGUGAAUGCGGGCUUCAGGCAGGUCUCAGUGACGAGGAAGGUGGAAAUCUUACGAGAGAUUGGUCGCGCAUAA